UGACUGACCAGACUGACAGGCGGAUGCAGUGCUGCGAGCUAUAGACACGGAGCAUGGAGCAGGCGCGAGUGAUGCCGGCAAAUGGCGGUUGUUAUGUUGACUGUAGUAACAUCAAGGAAUUGAAUUUGCAUGCAAAUUGCGCAUUACAGGCUUUUCGAGUCAACCCCGGCGGAUCUGGCGCGCAUGCACAUGUAUCUGCACGUAUAUGAAAAUUAAUAAAUAGCGAAAUAACGAUUCAUGUUCAUAGCAACUGACAUGUUUACAUAUAUGUAUGUUCGUAAUCGCAUGCUUCAAUUCUAAUUGAAUUGUUGAUGUAUGUACACCGUCGAGUAGACUGUUACAGUAGUAAAUCAAAUGUACAGAACAUAUCGUAAGAUCUGUGAUAAGCAUUGUAUAUAUGUGUGUGUGCGUGUCCCUACGUUGAUCUCUUCCGAGACCAAAUAUGAGUCUUCUUCAUAUCGGUGAAGAGGGCUGGAUUGUCUCUCAUCUGCAGUAUCUCAAUGAGAUGUACAAGAGAGUCCGAACGAACGAAAGUGGAUUUUGCGCGUUAGGCUUUAAUAAAAUGAUAUUCGAGAUCAAUUCGCAGUACUUGAGGCAAAAUCAGAUAGCUCAGACCGUCCAGGAGACCCAGAACAGUGCCACGAUGCACGGUAGAAAAAAGAGAAAACGCUCGCAGCAAUUGCCGCAGAAAGACUUGGAGGAAGUCGAUCACGUUAAACGGGCGUUCGGCGCAAUGAUGUCUGCUGCAAGAGGCAAAGGACUCUUUUGCCGGAAUAAUUUCCUCGACAACAACGAGCUGGCACGUUUGGCAUCGAUGAAAUUUUAUCAGGAUACUUACUCUCUCAAAAAUGAGAAUCUGUACGGAUCUAACGACACCGACGACGCUAUCGUAACCGAGGUUCACGAUAAGAAAUACGUAUUCCCAACAAAAUGCACGUUUUAUUGCUACGACGUAAGGGAUAUAGAAAAGAAGAUGGAACUGAGCAAUCAGUAUGAUUUUAUACUGCUGGAUCCACCCUGGUGGAACAAGUCGAUCAGAAGGAAAAAGACGAAAUGCGCAGAGGCCAGUUACAAAAUGAUGUACAAUGAGGAAUUGGUCAAGAUACCAAUAAGAAAGCUGUUACAUUCGAACGGUAUUGUGGCUGUAUGGUGUACAAAUUCGUCCAAUCAUUUGAAUAGUAUCUUUAACGAAAUAUUCCCGUCUUGGGGCAUUACUUAUAGAGCCAAGUGGUACUGGCUCAAGGUGACACAGGCAGGUGGUACAAUAUGUAAUUUUAACUCAGCACCCGGAAAGCAGCCUUAUGAAUUACUGAUAUUGGGAUCUGCAAAAGGAUCGGAAAAGGACAAAGUGGAUAUCCCUGACGGCAAGCUGAUGAUUAGCAUACCUAGCGCGGUACAUUCGCACAAACCACCUCUCACAGGUGCGAACAAAAUCAUAAAGGAAUACCUGCCGGACGAGCCGAAAUGUCUAGAAAUUUUUGCAAGGUACUUGUUGCCCGGAUGGACGAGUUGGGGUCUAGAAAUUUUGAAGUUCCAACAUUUGUCGCUCUAUGAAAUUCUGGAUGAAUGUAGGAACGGCGAGAGUAAUGUCGACAGCAUAGGAAGCGAGAAUGAGUGUAAAGAACAGCCGUAAAAUGUAAGAGAGAGAGAGACAGAUCUGUAGGCAUUACAAAUGCGUAAGUUGUAAGACCACGCGUAUCGAUCCUUUAUUAUAAAUUAUUUGCAU